AUGUCUGAUAUUGAACAAGAAAGGGCAUCAACUGCUGUUGAUGUCUCUAGAAAAAGUGAUAACAAAAUAAGUAAUGACUCUGUUUCACUUCUCUCUACUCCUUCAAACAAAGAAUUAGAAGAAGAAAAAGGUGAUCUACAACGUCCAUCGGAAGAUGAAACACCUGCUUCUGUAUCACCUUUAGUACCAUCUGGUAUUAAUUGGGGUAUUUGUAUCUUAUGUUUGAUGGUUGCUUUUGGUGGUUACAUUUCCGGUUGGGAUUCUGGUACCAUUGGUGGGUUCGAAGCUCACACCGAUUUCUUAGCUAGAUUUGGUUCUACAAGUGGUGAAGGUAAGCGUUAUUUAUCAAAGGUUAGAACCGGUUUGUUGACCUCAAUGUUCAACGUUGGUCAAGCUAUUGGUUCCUUCUUCUUAGGUCGUUUGGGUGAUAUCUAUGGUCGUCGUAUUGGUUUAAUCGUUGCAUCCGUUAUUUUUAUCAUUGGUACUGUCAUUCAAAUAGCUUCUGUCAAGGCCUGGUACCAAUAUAUGAUUGGUAGAAUUAUCGCAGGUUUAGGUUGUGGUUUGAUUGCUAUUUUGUCGCCUAUGUUGAUUUCUGAAGUAUCUCCAAAGAAUAUGAGAGGAGCUAUGGUUUCUUGUUAUCAAUUGAUGAUUACACUAGGUAUCUUCUUGGGUUACUGUACUAAUUAUGGUACUAAGAAAUAUCACAAUUCUCGUCAAUGGAGAAUUCCAUUAGGCUUACAAUUUGCCUGGUGCCUAUUUAUGAUUGGUGCAAUGUUAUUCGUUCCAGAAUCACCAAGAUUCUUAAUUGAAAAGGGACGUAUUGAAGAAGCUAAACGUUCAAUUGCCAAAUCUAAUGCUGUAUCUGCAGAAGAUCCAGUUACUAUCUAUGAACUUGAUGAAAUUCAAGCUGCUGUUGAAAAGGAAAGAUUCGUAGGUACUGCUUCUUGGAAGGACUUGUUAGAUACCCAACAUAAGAUAUUACAAAGAGUUGUCAUGGGUAUUAUGAUUUUAGCCCUACAACAAUUAACUGGUUGUAACUAUUUUUUCUAUUAUGGUACUACUAUUUUUAAGGCAGUUGGUUUAGAAGAUGGGUUCGAGACUGCUAUUGUUUUCGGUGUAGUCAAUUUCUUCUCUACAUUUUGUGCUUUGUUCUUAGUCGAUAGAUUUGGUAGAAGAACUUGUUUAUUGUGGGGUGCUGCUGGUAUGACUUGUUGUAUGGUUGUUUUCGCCUCUGUUGGUGUUACUAGAUUAUGGCCACAUGGCAAAAAGGCAGGUAUUGUUUCUAAAGGUGCUGGUAACUGUAUGAUUGUAUUUAGUUGUUUUUUCAUUUUCUGUUUUGCAACUUCUUGGGCCCCAAUUGCUUUCGUUAUUAUAUCUGAAUCUUUCCCAUUGAGGGUCAAGGCUAAGGGUAUGGCGCUAGCAACUGUAUCUAACCAAAUGUGGAACUUCUGUAUUGGUUUCUUCACUCCGUUCAUCUCAGGGUCUAUUAACUUUGCCUACGGUUACGUUUUCAUGGGCUGUUUAGUUUUUGCUUGGUUCUACGUUUUCUUCUUUGUUCCAGAAACUAAAGGUUUAGUUUUAGAAGAAGUAGAUGUUAUGUGGCAAGAAGGUGUCUUACCAUGGAAAUCUGCUGAAUGGGUUCCACCAUCUCAAAGAAAUGCUGAUUACGAUGCUGAUGUCCUCGCUAAUGAUGACCAACCAGUUUGGAAAAGAAUAUUUGGAAAGACAAAUAUUGACAAAAAUAUGGUGAAUAAGAAAGCUAAUGAAAAAACUGAAGCCGAAAUUAACGAUGAAAUUGAAGCUGAAAUUAAUGAUAAGACUGAAUCGGAAAUCAACACCGAAAAAGAAUCCAUUGUUCCAUCAGUUCCAGAAUCUACCAGAGAAUCUGUUUUAGAAUCUAACCCUAAAGCUUAA